AUGGAGGCCGGUGGUGGCAGUGCCAUGAACGACACCGUCGAUCUUGAUCAAUUUUUCCAAGAUGUGGAAAACGUGAAAGAAGACAUGGCCGGAGUCGAGAAAUUGUACAAAAAGCUACAAGAAUCAAAUGAGGAGAGUAAAACGGUCCAUAAUGCAAAAACAAUGAAGCAACUCCGGGCCAAGAUGGACUCUGAUGUCGAGCAAGUAUUAAAACGCGUGAAGGUCAUCAAGGGGAAGCUUGUGGCCCUUGACAAAUCCAAUGUGGAGAAUCGAAAGAUUCCUGGUUGUGAACUAGGCUCAUCUACAGAUCGAACUCGCACUUCUGUUGUUAGUGGUUUGGGGAAAAAACUUAAAACCAUGAUGGAUAGUUUUCAGGCAUUGCGUGCUCGGAUGAAUGAUGAGUACAAAGAGACAGUCGGGAGAAGAUACUUUACAAUUACGGGUGAACAAGCAAACGAUGAAUUAAUUGAUAGUUUAAUAUCUAGUGGAGAAGGCGAAGAUUUUCUUCAAAAAGCAAUCCAAGAGCAAGGUAGGGGUCAAAUCAUGGAUACAAUUUCAGAAAUUCAAGAAAGACAUGAUGCUGUAAAAGAUAUAGAGAAAAACUUGAUAGAACUCCACCAAAUCUUUUUGGAUAUGGCCGCAUUAGUAGAAGCCCAAGGACAACAAUUAAACGACAUCGAGAGCAAUGUGGCCCAUGCGAGUUCAUUUGUUCAUCGUGGGACUGAGCAAUUGGUAGAGUCCCGAGAGUUGCAAAAGAGUUCAAGAAAAUGUACUUUCAUUGCUAUUGCCCUUAUCCUUGUGCUAAUACUCGUUGCACUUUACCCCGUUUGGUUCCCCAUGUUGAUGGCAGGAUAA